GAAAACAAAGUCAAACUAGUAACAUGUUUAAUUCUUACAAUAUGGUUUUUAUUUCAAUAAAGUGUAAUUUGUUAAAUACGCACUCUUCUCGUUAUCGUCACGGUGUAUGUAUAUAAGAAAGGGAUCUUGUCCUUUUGAUAAAACGACUUGCCUCUCACAUUCAUCCACAGCUCAGCCUGACCCCAAACUCUCUCUCUCAGGGGGGUAAAGACUCUACAACCGAUUCCGAUCUCAGAUCUCUUCGAUCCGGUGAGAUCUCUUUCAAAGGAAGCAAAAAAAAAAGAGAGUUUUAUUAGUUGCAUCAAAUCAUGAAAGCUCUCAUUCUCGUUGGAGGGUUCGGGACUCGCUUGAGACCAUUGACUCUAAGUUUCCCAAAACCUCUCGUCGAUUUCGCCAACAAACCAAUGAUCCUUCACCAGAUAGAGGCGCUUAAGGCAGUUGGAGUCGACGAAGUAGUCUUAGCCAUCAACUACCAACCAGAGGUGAUGCUCAACUUCUUGAAAGACUUCGAAGCAAAGCUCCAAAUCAAAAUCACCUGCUCGCAAGAGACAGAGCCCAUGGGCACAGCCGGUCCUCUGGCUCUAGCGAGAGACAAACUGGUUGAUGGAUCCUCUCCUGGACAGCCUUUCUUCGUCCUCAACAGCGACGUCAUCAGCGAGUACCCGCUCAGAGAGAUGAUCGAGUUCCACAGAGCCCACGGCGGCGAAGCCUCCAUAAUGGUCACGAAGGUGGACGAGCCGUCGAAGUACGGAGUCGUGGUGAUGGAGGAAGCGACUGGGAAGAUGGAGAAGUUCGUGGAGAAGCCGAAGCUUUACGUUGGGAACAAGAUCAACGCCGGGAUAUAUCUUCUGAACCCUUCUGUGCUCGAUAAGAUCGAGCUGAGACCGACGUCGAUAGAGAAAGAGACGUUCCCUAAGAUCGCAGGGGCUGGAGGGUUGUAUGCAAUGGUGCUGCCAGGGUUCUGGAUGGACAUUGGACAGCCUAAGGACUACAUAACGGGGCUGAGGCUCUACUUGGACUCUCUGAGGAAGAAGUCUCCUGGGAAGCUGACCACUGGGGAGAAUGUUGUUGGGAAUGUUCUUGUGGAUGAGACGGCGAAGAUUGGGGAAGGGUGUUUGAUAGGACCUGACGUGGCGAUUGGUCCCGGGUGCGUGGUUGAAGCGGGGGUGAGGCUGUCGAGGUGCACGGUGAUGCGUGGGGUGAGGAUAAAGAAGCAUGCGUGUGUGUCGAGUAGUAUCGUUGGGUGGCAUUCGACGGUGGGGCAGUGGGCGAGGAUUGAGAAUAUGACGAUCUUGGGGGAAGAUGUUCAUGUGGGUGAUGAGGUUUAUACUAAUGGUGGUGUUGUUUUGCCUCAUAAGGAGAUCAAAUCCAAUAUCUUGAAGCCUGAGAUAGUCAUGUGAUGUCUAUGUCUCUGUGUGUUUUGAGUCUUUUCUUUCGUUAUCAAACUUUGUGCUUUAAUUUGUUAUUCUUAUUGGAUUGAAUAAAGUUUUUUUAAAUUGAUGUAUAGGGUUUAUGCCAUUUGGUGUUUUUGUCUCUAUAACUUGUCAAACAAUUAAUCAAUUGUUUGAAGUUUUGUAACUUAUAAUUUUUUAAUAAUAUUUAUUAUGAGUUUCUUGUCUA